GGAGGGUUUCACUGACCGGAAGCGGAAGUCUCGUUCUUUUCCGUUCUCCUCGCUUCUGGCUGCUCGCGGUUCCGGCCGCGCUCUCCGCACCUCGUCGCCAUGCCUCGCAAAAUUGAGGAAAUCAAGGACUUUCUGCUCACAGCCAGACGAAAGGACGCCAAAUCGGUCAAGAUCAAGAAAAAUAAGGAUAAUGUGAAGUUUAAAGUUCGAUGUAGCAGGUACCUGUACACCUUGGUCAUCACAGACAAAGAGAAGGCAGAGAAGCUGAAGCAGUCCCUGCCCCCAGGUUUGGCAGUGAAGGAGCUGAAAUGAAUCACGCACACCGAUUUGAACUGUAUUAAAAUUUUUUUAGUUCUCAAAA